AUGACACAAUCUCAUAUCGAAUCACCGAAUCGAUUAAUUGGAAAUUAUAAAAACAUCACGCAAGAUCCCACUGAGGCCAAGAAAAAAUUUUUGAUGGAAUUAGUUUAUUCAGGCCUUGACAAAAGUUGUAGAAGAAAAAUGAUCCAAAAGAAUGGCUAUGCAAGUAGAAUUGCGGCUAACAUUGCAAUAUUUGAAACAUUCCAAUCGGUUAGGUUUGAGGCUGUCAUUGGAACAAUACAGAAUUUUAUAUCCUUUGAAUGA